UCAGUUUAGCAUGUCAUCCUCCGCGGCCAAACAAAGGAGCGGCAAGAACAGCGGCAACCCCGCUUCUUCCGAAAAGGGGGCCCAUUCCAACCAACCCGAUGACGUGGCGAAGAAGCAGUCGACGCCGCCGCCGCCCCCGGCCCACUCCAAAAGCAGCAAAGGGGGCUCUCCGCCGUCUGGCGGGGGCAAAGCUGCCUCGUCCUGCAGUUGCGGCGCCAUCCUGAACUUUCUCCUGUCCGUGACUUUCUUGGCAGCCGCUGCGGCCUCGGGCUACUACGUCCAUCACCUUCUGGGGGAAGUCAACCAGAUCAGCCUGAGGCAGGAAAGCUUCGCCAAGCAGCGGGAAGAGCUGGCCAGUUCCUUGGAAGGCGCCGUGCAAAAGAUGCAGUCUUUACAGUCUGCUUUUGGUGGCUUUGAAUUGACAUUGAAAAAUGCUCAGCAAAAACAAGAGAUCACCGAGAAAACUGUUAGACAAGGGGAGAGUGAAAUCAGUCGCAUUGGUGAAGUUCUCCAGAAACUACAAAAUGAAAUCCUUAAAGAUUUGUCUGAUGGUAUUCAUGUUGUAAAAGAUGCCAGAGAAAGAGACUUCACGUCAUUAGAAAACACUGUGGAAGAAAGGCUGACAGAGCUCACAAGAUCUAUAAAUGAUAAUAUUGCUGAAUUCACACAUAUCCAGAAACAGAGCCAAGACGAAAUCAAUGAAGUUAAAAAAAAGGUGGCUUCACUUGGUGAAACAGAAACAUACAAACAUGACCUUCAGGUCUUGAAAGACACCGUUGAUGAGAUGCAGAGAUCCUUGAAAGCCAAAGCGAAGACUAUAGAAACCUUGCAAAGUACCAUAGAUUUGAUGGAAUCUGAUGUUCUGUCUGAAGUUAAAGCACUUGUCAAUCUCAAGCAGGAACACGAUAAGUUUAAAGAAGUAGCUGAUACAGAGCACCUUUCAUUACAGACUUUAGAAGAGAAAGUCCUUAAAGCAGAAGAAUAUCUUUCUCAUCUUCCAUUGGAGCUGAAGAAACUCAGUGAUGGCUUGAUGCACAUCAAGUCUUCUGAUGAUAUACAAGGUAGCUAUGCAUUCUCCAAAGAUGACAUAGAAAGUCUGCAGAAGAGCAAUAAAGAAUUGGAAUCCAGGCUCAGGUCCAUAGAAGAGAAUGUUCAGGCUCCGACAUCAUCAUUUGCACAGAACACAGAAGGAAUAGAACCUUCUAUUUUCAAAUAUGACACUAAGCUAGCUGCGUUAGAAGAAGGUCUAGGUUCUGUCCAGAGUACUAUAGAAAAUGAUAUACGAUCAUUGACCGAUACUGUGAGGAGUCUUGGGGAAGCACAGCUCUCAAUCUUCGGUGAUGUUGAUGAACUAAGGAGAAGUCUGAAUGAUCUACCAAAUAAUGCUGAUGCACUCGAUCAUAUCCAGAAACAAGUUCUUGCUUUGCUGGACCAGGAAAAGUCUUCAGUGAAUAUAGGGCAGUCUGGAGAUAAUAAGGCAGAACUCUCUUCUGUUAAAGAUUCUGUUGAUGACGUGCGAGUUUCUCUUGGUCAGGUAGAAUCGGACGUAAAAAUGCUUAGGACAGCAGUUGACAGUUUAGUUGCUUACUCAGUGAAAAUCGAAACCAAUGAGAACAAUGUGCAGACAAUGAAGGAUUCCUUAGAUGACAUAAGGAAUGACUUGGACAGGUUGUUUGUUAAAAUGGAAGAUAUCCAUGAAAUGGUUUGAGUAUUGAGCAUGUUUUAACUCUGAAGUACAAAAAAAGAAAUUGUUUUCCUAGUCCAAAGGAGUUUUGUUGUUGGGGAAGUUUGUGGAAUGGAAAUUGAGCUAUUGAUAUCUCUGGAAAAAAUGUUAAAACAAUCCAGUUAGGUAGGUCCUGUAAUUUCUACUAUUUUAAUUGCUAGGACAAAUUAAUUUGUUUCUGCAGCUUAAUCUGUAGUACACUGGGCAAGGGUGUGGACCCAAGAAGCAAAUUAUGAUGGUCAUUGUCCUUUUAAUUUAACAAACAUGAGGGCAACAUCAUGCUCAAAAGCAGUCCCACUCCUUUGAAAACAAAUCUAUGUAUGCAUUAUAUUGCAUAACUCAGUCUUCUACCAUUGAAAUAAAGCAGCCAAUCAUAGAAGGUUCUAUGUAUUAAUUAAAAUACACAAAGGGCUGUUAUUAUAUAUAAUAAGAGUAUUCAUAUGAAAAUUAUCGUAUGGAAUAAUCACAUUUGAGAUUGGAUUCUUCUAUAAUCCAUGCUCAUCAACAUAGCCAUUCCACAACAAAAUCAAUGUAGCCAUUCCACAACAAAACUAAAGGUGCUUUUGAUGUGUCCAGAGGCAGUAAACAUUGGCAGUAUUGGAUAGAACUUUGCCAUUAUAGUAGUGCCUACUUUUGGGACAGUUUACUGUGAUGUCAACUGAAUUUGCAUUUAUCGUUUCUGUCCUAAUUCAUUGAUGCAAAGAUGUAUGGAGUCAAGGUAGGGAAAUGAAAACGGGUGGGGGAGGUAAACAUGGAACAUACCUUCCCCCACAAAGAACAAAGGGCAAUAAAAACAGAAUUGUUUACUGCAUUUAACAUUUUCCUUGUGAUAUAUCAAGAUGCAACAGUGACAUCCAGUCUUAAGUGCCUUACAGUCUUCCUAUUAUUGACUUGGAUGAAACAAAAUUAGAUUUGAGAUUGAUUAUUUAAAAAGUCCAAUACAUUAAAAACUACCUUUGGAUUUGAGUAAUUCUUCAAAGAAGAGAUAUUCAUAACGUUCAUUUUACAGAACCACUGAGUUUUACAGUUGGGUAGAUUCUUGUUUAUCUUCUUUAGAAAAUAUGGCCCUGGUUGUUCUGUUGAUUUAUACAUAAUUGUUGAGAAAGAUAAACAGAAGACGACUGUACAAAGAAUGCUCGUAGCAUCAGUAGUAGAGGCAACAGGUAAUCCUCAGGAGGAGAAGCAGACAAGGUGUGCAGUAGCCAUUUAUAACAUAAGCAGUGUAUUUAGUAACUGCUUCUGUAGAGAUACAAUGCCUUAAAAACCAGAACUAUGCCUUGUAUUGAGAUCAAGUCAUUAUUUUUCGGGAGUGCUUUUAUUGUCUUUUUUGUGAAUCUUGAAUGACUGUAGUUGGCUGUGAAAUAAUUUUCUUGGUAUGUGUAAUUUGAAUAAAUACUUAUUCUGGUUGUAGUCAACCAUUUUUUCUAGUUUUGAGGAAAACAGAGUAAUUGCAUAAGUUAUAUUAUUAGUUUCUUUGAGUCCUUAAGUUUUGCUUAAUAAAUAGCUGCUACUAUUGAAACUGU